AUGAGUGAUAAAUCUAUCAAGUUCUACGGUCCCAAUGUGGAAUCUAAUAAGAAAAACUUGCAAUAUAUUCAUGAUGUGAUGUGUUUAUCGUUAGGAGUCGGCGCAGGAGUACUUUCAUUAGAAUCAUUAUAUGGAUUCUUAUUUUAUAUAGUGGGUAUGACCUUGACCAAUGUAGGUUUCAUAAUAGUGUGUUGUGAAGGCAAGCCAAAGGAAUUCUAUCGAAAUCCUUUACAACAGAUAUUUUUAGAUGGUUUACAAGGAAAUAUAGCCGGAUUUGUCAUGAUGUGGUGUUUGGUUUACGCUUUAGUUAAAUAG